GUUACAUAAAAACGCGCAAGUGAAUGAAACGGUUGCCGUUGUAUGCAGCCCUUUCCGAAUAAGCGUGCGCUUCGAGCUCAUACACUGAGUGUUCUACGAUGGCGAAGUGAAAUGGACUACCAGUGGAGUGAAAUUUAUUUGGUCUAAAAUGUCAAUCAGAAGCAUCGAACCGGCUCACAUCAACUCGUGCUACAAGAACGGGCCGCGGACAUGGUAGAGAACGCCAUGACACGGGACAGCGAAAUACCGGCCAUCUUCAACCCGAAACGCGUGCGUGCCCCGUCAGUCGUGGUGACAGGAGACUCCCCCAAUGGACCGUUUGGCGGUUUCACGAACAACGUGCCCCAGAUCACGCACUCGGACUCGGUGACCUCGAGCCAGCACGAUGGCCAGGACAGUCUGAUCGGCGUGUCGGUGACCGGCGGCACCCAUGGGGGCUGCGACACGCCGACCUCACAACCGCACGCCCUCCUUGGGGGCUGCAUCGGUGGCGGUGGCGGUGGCUCGGGCCCCCCGAACGCCGGAACGUCGUCCGCCUCGACCACGUCCACCCCGAAGCUGAAGGCCUGUCGGGACUCGUGCUGUUCCGAGCUGGCGCAGAAGAUGUACUUCGGCGUGUGCGUGACGGUGUUGGUGACGGCGUCCUGGGUCGGCGCCACGCACUGCAUCAAGUUCCUGUACCUCCGGCGGAACACCUACGCUUCCACGCUGCCCCCGCACCUGACCGCGUUCAUCACCGCCGACGGCACGACGGACUCGGUGCCGGGCGGCGGGCCGCCCGGCGUGGGCCCCUCCCUGCUCGACCAGAACUCCAGCUCGGCGAUGAUCGUGCACGGGUUCGGGGUGACGUCCUCGUUUCUGCCGCCCUCGACCGUGAAGCCGAUCGCCACCUCCGAUCGCGUGCAGCCACCGCCCCCGAUCGCCUCGCACGUCUUCAACGCGCCCUUCUUCGCGUCCUGGUUCUGCACCAACUUCGCGAUCCUUUUUUUCCCCAUCUACAUCCUCGGCCGGGUCGCAAUCAAGAGGUGCGAUGGUACGGGCGAGGUGCUGGGCGAGAUCCUGCGCGGUUUCCGGGACCGGGGCUUCACCAUCGGGCGCUUCCUCAACCGCUGCCUCACGUUCUGUAUCCUGUGGCUGCUCACCACCUACCUGUACGCGCUCUCGCUCAAGGCCCUGCUGGCGACGGACGUGAUGGCCCUGUUCGCAACCAACGUGGCGUGUGUGUACUUGUUGGCGUGGGUCAUUCUGCAGGAGCAGUUCGUUGGCGUGCGGAUCGUAGCCGUCAUACUGUGCGACACCGGAAUUGCGUUGCUAGCGUACAUGGACGGAAUUACGGGUAGCCCGACGCUGGGCGGGGUGGUGCUGGCGGCGCUGGCGGCCGCCGGGUACGCCGUGUUCAAGGUGAUGUUCCGCAAGGUGAUGGGCGAUCCGCCGGUCGGCCAGAUUGCGUUCACGUUCUCGAUAAUCGGCUUCCUGAACGCCGCCAUACUAUGGCCAGUCUGCAUAGCCCUGUACUUCACCGGCACGGAGAUAAUGCCCUGGGAAACCCUUCCCUGGGUGGUGCUGCUGAUGGCCAGUGUGCUGUUGCUUGUGUUCCACAUCCUCACCCAGUUCAGCAGUGCCGUAACGUACAACAUGUUCGUCACCCUUGGGCUCAUAACGGCGGUGCCCGUUUCGGCCGCUCUGGACAUCGUUCUGUACGGUGCCCACUUUGCCGGCAUGAAGCUGGCAGGUAUCAUAUUGAUAGCUGUCGGUUUCUUCCUCGUAAUGUUUCCGGAAAAUUGGCCCGACUACAUCACCCGUUUGCUGCGAAAAACUGGUCGCGCAUUACUAAGAAACCAAUGUUGUUGUGAUACCGCUGAAAAUGAUUACGAAAAUUCGAAAUAUCAUCUUGUUGGGUCACAACGCGAGGUGGGGUCGUCAUCCUCGAAGCGGAACUCCAUCGCAGCAUCGCGACGUCAUCGACUAUCGGACGGGUUACAUUCGAUCGCAUCUUCGCUCUCCCUCUGGCCGGGUGAGAUGACCGACCAGCAGCAGCAACAGCAGCAGCAGCAGCAGCAGCUACAGCAGCAACCGCACCAGCACAGCCUGCAACACUUUCAGCAUAUCCUUCGCAACGAUAGUGGCAGCGACUUUCUGAAUCUCAACCCGCACGCCAAACUGCGCCACUACUCGCUCACCGAGAUGACCACCAACUUCAUCCGCAAGCCCGGCUCGGUCGGACUCGGCCUCGGUGCGGGCCUCUCCGGAACCGGUGGCAACCUGAACUCGCUGGCGGCCACCACAUCCGAUCACCGGUAUCCGUCGAUGAACGGCCGCAGCAGCUCGUACGGGUCGUUGGAGUAAACUCCAAAAAUAACCUGCAUGCUAGAGCAUUACGGUGGCUAGCAUGCGGUCUACGCUAAGAGACAAUCUCAGUAUAGAUGCUUCGGUAUUGAUUUUACUGCUGUACGCUAAAUAACGACUCUAUGCCUUGACGGGACAAACCAGGCAGGCCAGAAGAACCACGGAGGUGUUAAACAUAGGGCGAUUGGAAACCAAAAUCACACGUUACUCCGCUUCCGGUAACUCGUAACAUGCUAUGUUCCCCCGUUACAUUCGAGCUCUACCGUUCUCAUCGUACCAAGCUUUCCAAUUCACCAUAAAUGGCAUCCGAGAUGUUUAUAGAAAACAUUACAGGAUAUUUUAAAAUGGAAUCCAGCAUUCGAAUAUGCUGGCUGGGGAUCAGUCAAAAGACGAUGCUUAUUGUCGGAAACCCUAAGCAGUUAUAUAACGGACAGUGAGGCCGCACCGCAAUCACACAAAGGCACGCAACACAAUCUGAUAAAAAAAAUGUAAAACAGAAUAAAGAAUUCACGUGAGCUAACCGUGCCACAUCAGCCCUUGAACCACGAACCGAUUUCAAACGGUACCAUCGCAGCCCCGAGAAAAUGGCACCUUCUUCCCCAGUCUGGAUGCUUCCUCUCAAUUUCGAGUUAAGCCACACGUUCUCUCCCGAAUCUAAGCAAAUGAAACAAAUGAUGAAUAAAAAACAUUUAACACGGCCGAGCGGCCGCCUGGUUCCGCUACGUAACGACGGCAGUUGUGUUGUACGACAACCUCACUUCUGAAUCUUUCCCGAGGGUUAGGAUAAAUAACUACACUUUUUUACAACAUUCACACGUAGCUUAGGACCUCUAUCACGAACGUUACGAAGUGUAGAUUCACCGGUGAUAGACCCGAUUUGUUGAUAUUUGUACUUAGAAUAGCUGUUGCUUUUGUGUUGUGAAAAUUACAGCUCCGAUCCCUGUAAGCAGGGCAAAAACUUUUAACGAUAGUCUUUUACUGUUAGCUCUGAGGUGUACGGUGUGAAUUGAACAAGUGGUUGAACAGUGAAAAAGCAAUCAUUUCAAAAUUCAGCAAUCGGCGGUUAGGGUGCAUUUUUAGUGAAACAAGUAAUCGUUCAUCCCUUUCAAGGACUAGCGAAGGGGCAAAAUUGCGACUAUUUUCCGCUAUAUGUUUAAGGUUGAGUAGUGAAUGUUCGUUUCGAUUGUUUAGUUCAGCAUCAUCAAAUAUAAUAUCGGUUUAAAAAAAACCAGUGACACAAGGAAACGAAAUGAAACAACGAAUCAAUGCUGUAGCAAUGCGGCGGACCAUCAGAUUCGUACGCAUUCGAAUACUAACUUUCAAACGUGAAACGAU